CCAGAACUCCGAUAUCCAGUUCUUACAAUAUUUUCGUGUGUCUAUUUUAUUAUUAUUAUUGGGAAUGUUACAAUUUUUGUUGUUAUUUGCUGGAAUCCUCGUAUUCACACUCCAAUGUACAUAUUCUUGAUGAACCUUUCCAUGAUCGACAUUGCUUAUACCUCAAAUAUUUUACCUAAUUUGCUAAACAUGCUCAUUACUAAGAAUAAUGAAAUCUCAUUUUGGAGUUGCAUGUGUCAGGUGUAUUUCUUUAUAGCAUUUGCUUGCACUGAAAUCCUCUUACUUGCUGUCAUGGCAUAUGACCGCUAUGCAGCUAUUUGUCACCCAUUGCAUUAUGUUAUUCUUAUGAACAUGAGGAUGUCUGCAGGCCUUGCAGUUUCUGCAUGGGCUAUUGGGUUAAUAGACGCAAGUGGACAUGUUGUAGUUAUAUCCCAUUUUUCUUUUUGUGCAUCUCACCUUAUUGACCACUUCUUCUGUGAUCUAAUUCCUCUACUAAAAAUUACCUGCAGUGACACGUCCACAGUGGAAAUGAUUAAUUAUAUAGAAGGCACGUUAUUAGUUGCAACUGCAUUUAUGGUUACAUUAGUGUCAUACGUAUUUAUUAUAUCUAGCAUCAUAAAGAUAAAAUCUGCAUCAGGAAGAGGUAAAGCCUUUUCCACAUGCUCUUCUCACUUGACAUGCGUUUGUAUGUUUUAUGGGACACUAAUCUGUGUAUAUGUGAGACCCACCACAAGCUACUCUCCAAAACAGGACAAAUUUGUAUCUCUUCUGUAUGGUAUAUUGGUCCCUCUACUGAAUCCUCUUAUCUACAGUCUAAAAAAUCAGGAAAUAAAAGAUUCCAUCGUAAAACUUAGGAACAAGUUUAAGAUCUGA